CGAAUUUCUAAAGUUACUUCUAUCGCCUCCACUAUCCAUAAUUUGCCGCAUUACCAUACAAUAACCUCAAGAACUUUUGAGACACUUCACAAUUGAAUGCUGGAAGUUGCACAGGCUUCAUAUUGCUGACAGUUAUAAUAUUAGUCACACUCCUGCCCGUAUACAAUCCAAGCUACACUUUCUCAAUUGCAAGGCAGAAAACAAAUGAUUGACGGCGACCACUCGUCUGGCCUACCAGGCUCACCACCAGGUAGCGCUACGCCACUUCAACCAAUAUCCUCCGACCGAGCCAACCAGCAGCGCGAUCCUGCCUCGGUCGCUUCUGCGCGAUCCGACCACCAACGUGACAGCGACGUGCAUGACAAGAUCCGUCAAUUCAACAACAUGACGCAUAACGGCCCCGCGGGCGCGGCAUCUAUGUCCAGACAGCUCGAGCGGAAGACUGCUGACGCGGCUCUAAAACGGGCUAUGCUAGGCCGUGAAGAAGCAGAAGCCGAGAUGCGGCGCUAUCGGGACGAGGCUCGAUCACUACGCAAGCAGAUAGAGGAAAGCCGUGCCAGAGAGCGUAAAGUGGGCGAAAGACUUGAAGAUGUCAUGGAGAAAUACGGCCAAGCGAAAGAAACAUUACAACACAGCAAGGCCAUAUGGGAGAAAGAAGUACGCCAAGCGCGUAAAGAAUUAUUCAAGACGCAGUCGGCCAUCGUAAAGUUACAAGAGGAGCUAAAAGUCGUCAAAGCCGCUUCUAAGUCCAUAGAGGAGUCCUUAGCAAGAGAGAAGGAACUUAGCAAAGCUAGAGAACAGGAAGCAUUCCAAUCGCGCUACCAACUUGCCAACAUGCAAGAGCAGUUAGAGAAGGCUCUCGAGCGCAUCGCGUUCGUCGAGCAAGAACGUGACGCAUACAAGGCCGCUGCCAAGAGCGAGGAGAUUGCCAGAAUCGCCGCAGAGGGCCGCCUACCACUACCCCCCGAGGACCCGGAUAGCGAGUUCGCCUCUCCUAAGAAGGAAAGAGUUUCUUUGUCGGCCGUCGACAUCCUCUCCUCCGCCGCGAGCGAGGCUGAAAUAGAAGAGCUGACCCGCUUAUGGCAAUGGGAGAAGCAGAGAGCCGACCGUGCUCAAGAGCAUCUCGAAUUCGUGAAGGCCGAGUGCGAGCUACGAUGCUGCUCCUGCUCCAAGACCCCUCGCCCGCGGAGAAGCGCCCGAUCAUCGAUCCGUCAAGAACGGCCUAAGUCGAUCGCGGUUAUGGACCCAGCCGAUCUUAUGAUCUUAGGCCAGGAGGCCGGUUCUUCAGAGCAGCGUACUCCUACACAAGCCGAGCACCCAGACCAGGAGCAAGAGCGUCAAUCAGAGCCCUCUCAGCCAGAAAUAAUAGAACCUCCUGAGGAAAGCACCACGCCGCGGGAGGAACCUGAGAUCAAGCUACCGAAGGGACCUAGACGGAGCACGAUAUUUGUGCCAUCGGAGGGCAUUUUCAGGACUGUCUCGCAACAAGAGCUCGAGGCGAUGGGAAAAACCGUCGAGUCUAUACCUGAGCCGCCUACGCCCGUAGACUCUCAACCGGAUCCCCCUCGCUAUUGCCGGACUCCCUCUGUCGAGCCCCCGACAUUCGCCCUGUUAGCGCAGGAGCGCACUUCCCUCCUCUCCCUCCUCAACGCGCCUCAUGAAGGCGACUCCCAAUGCAUGCCCAUGAAAAUCCCGACUAUUCCCAUCGCACGCCACGCCGACCUCGAACAAGACGAGGAAGAGGCUACACGCUCGGACCCGGAGCCCGAGGCAGAGGCAGAGGCAGAGACAGAGGCAGACGCUCAAGCGCAGAUGACGGCGGCGGAACACGACGCCAUCCGGCCGCACACCUCGGCCGCGUUCUUCACGGUGACGAAGACGACGACGGUCCCCGUGCGCGAGGACAACUACCGCGGCAGCCACAGCACCAACAGCUACCGCAGCAGCAGCAGCGAGCCGCCGUCCUUCGACGUGAACAACCCGGCGCUGACGCCGACGAUGACGCGCGAGCAGGCGCUGGCGAUGAUCAAGGAGAGGCGCGGCCGGGCCAGGAGCGCGGCGCAGGGGCUCGCCACGCCCAAGAAGCAGAUGGUCAAGGGGGCGGGCGAGAGGAGGGAUCUUAGUGCGCCUGGGGGCCGGAAGGGACGGUCUGCGUGAUGGGACUUAAUAUCCCGUUUACUUUACUUGUUGCUCGUCUGGUUCUACCAACUUCUAAAGAGAGGUAGGAUUCGACAACCUAAUAUCUGAUGGACUACCUAAUGGAAUGGGUGAGAUGAAUAUUCGCAAAAGGCCCUUUUAUGCUUCGGCGCCGAGGAAAGGGGCUCAGGCGUUCAGAUACCAUACCCAGAACGAUUGCAUUUCCAUCGGCGUUUUCAUUCUUCUUUUUCUUUUAUCGCUCGUUUUUUCGAUUACCUUUCCCCCUUUUUUUAGGAAAGGAAAGGAGGGAGGCAAGGAGGGAGGGAAAGGGGGGAGGACGGGAAUCGGUGAUGAAAUGACAUGGAAUGAGGCGUUGGAUUUUCUCAGACCUUUCUACCUAUUACCCCUUUACCCUCUCGCAUCGCGCUGCGUUGACGUUUUCCCUUUUUUUUCCUUGUAUACCUUCAGCUUACGACGGGGAUGACUGGCGGAGUUGGGGGAAGGUUUGUUUGACUAGGGAGGUUACAUACUUGCUACACUAGGUAGUGAGGUUACCGAUCGUAACGGAAAAUUACUAUUAUUACUCCUAUUGUUUUAUUUCGCUUGUGGUGUGAGUGAGAUGUGGGGAUAG